GUCACCCGGCAGCUGUGUGGCGGCGGAGGAGCCUGAGUACCCGAUUACCUUGCGUUCUCCGCUGGUUGUCCGCAGGCGUCUGGCCUGGGUUUGGGGCCGUUAUGGGGAAGGUGAAUGUGGCCAAGUUGCGUUACAUGAGCCGGGAUGACUUCAGGGUCCUGACCGCGGUUGAAAUGGGCAUGAAGAAUCAUGAAAUUGUUCCCUGCAGUUUGGUUGCUUCUAUAGCCAGCCUUAAACAUGGUGGUUGUAAUAAAGUUUUAAGAGAACUGGUAAAACAUAAACUCAUAGCUUGGGAGCGAACUAAAACUGUCCAAGGUUAUCGGUUGACAAAUGCAGGCUAUGAUUACCUUGCUUUGAAAACACUUUCUUCUAGACAGGUGGUUGAAUCUGUUGGAAACCAAAUGGGUGUUGGCAAAGAAUCUGAUAUUUACAUUGUUGCUAAUGAAGAAGGGCAGCAGUUUGCAUUAAAGCUUCACAGACUGGGAAGAACCUCCUUUCGAAAUCUGAAAAAUAAGCGUGAUUACCACAAACAUAGGCAUAACAUGUCUUGGCUUUAUUUAUCUCGUCUCUCUGCCAUGAAAGAAUUUGCUUAUAUGAAGGCAUUGUAUGAAAGGAAAUUUCCAGUUCCAAAGCCAAUUGAUUAUAAUCGCCAUGCAGUGGUCAUGGAACUCAUAAAUGGCUAUCCUCUAUGUCAGAUACACCAUGUUGAAGAUCCCUCAUCAGUAUAUGAUGAAGCUAUGGAACUAAUUGUUAAACUUGCAAAUCAUGGAUUAAUUCAUGGAGAUUUCAAUGAAUUCAAUCUCAUUUUGGAUAAAGAUGACCACAUCACCAUGAUAGAUUUUCCACAAAUGGUUUCAACAUCUCAUCCCAAUGCUGAAUGGUACUUUGACAGAGAUGUUAAAUGUAUUAGAGAUUUCUUCAUGAAACGUUUCAGCUAUGAAAGUGAACUUUUUCCAACCUUCAGUGAUAUAAGGAGGGAGGACUCUCUUGAUGUAGAGGUUUCUGCCAGUGGCUACACAAAGGAAAUGCAGGUACAUGAUGAACUACUUCAUCCAGUAGGUCCAGAUGAUGAAAAUACUGAAACAGUGGAGGAAUUUGAAUUCUCAUUUUCUGAUGAAGAAGUUUCAGAAAAAGCAAAGGAUUGUAGAUCAGAAAAUGAAGGUGGACAAAACUUUAAAAAUGAAUUACUUGACUGCUGUGGCAGAGCACCUGAAGACCUUGAACAAAUAAAGACAGACAGUUUGUCAGAGGCGAGUGCUGAUCCACAUGGUUUGGAAAUGACUGAGUUCAACCAACCUUUAGAAGAAAUAAAAGGGCAGCUUGUUGAAAACAAUCCUGUAACUGAGUUUUCUGGGGAGAAUAACAGAACUGAAAAUGACACCAGGCAAGGUUGUAAGGAGGAUCAAGAAGGAAUCCUCAAGGGCUCUGAGGAGUAUGAAGAUGAGUGCCCUAAUCUAAUUGCCUUGUCGUCGUUGAACAGAGAAUUCAGGCCUUUCAGAGAUCAAAAUAUGGAAGAUAUUAAUCAACAUAGAAUAAGAACUCUGAGUGUUACUUCUAUGAGCAGUGUUUUGAGCUGUUCAACAAUUCCUCCGGAAUUGGUGAAACAGAAGGUGAGACGUCAAUUGACAAAACAGCAAAAAUCAGCCGUCAGACGUCGAUUGCAGAAAGGAGAAGCAAAUAUAUUUACCAAGCAACGGAGAGAAAACAUGCAGAAUAUUAAAUCAAGCUUGGAAGCAGCUACCUUUUGGGGAGAGUAAUAUUAUUCAAGAUCUUGACUAUUUUUCAUUCAGCUACUCUGAUCCCUUCUUAAGCCACCUUCAGUAUUUUUUGGACCAAGACAGAUACAUAUAAAUAGAUAAAGAAACCCUCUUUCUUGAUAAAUUUGACUCAUUCAAUAUAUGUCUUCUAAAGAGUAACUAGAAAUUCUGCUAAAGCAAUCCAACUUUCCAAGUAAUUUUUAUUAGGAAUAUUUACAUAUUUAAAAGAAUCUUAAUAUCACUGUUUUUGUUUUUUGUUCUCAAACAGGUAUAUUGCUUUGUUUCAUAUACCAGCUUUUCUUCUUAGAAACAACCUUAGCCAAGUCUUAAUUCUUUCUCCCUCUCUCUUCCUUCUGGCUCAUCAGCUUUCUCACUGUUAACAUUGGAUUUAUAACCACUUUGUAUCACUGUUUUGUUUGUUUAUUUGGCCAUACCCACAGGGUGUGGCAAUUCCUGGACCAGAAAUCAAACCUGCACCAUACCAGUGACCUGAGCCACAGUGGUGACAGUGCUGGAUCCUUAACUUGCUGCACCACCAGAAAAUUCCUAUAACGCUGUUUUGAGGAUUGCGUGAGACAAUGUGCAGAAAGCACUUUAUAACAAUGCCUGGCACUUUAAAGUGUACCUGUUGGAAUGAUAAUUAUAAUGAUGUUUAUCUUUCUGAAAAUCUCUAAACAA